CACGAAUCCAUUAUCCAAGCGGAGUUUCGCCUGUUCUAAGUUAGCUGAGAGAUGUCUUUAUGUUCUGAAGGUCUUUCAGUGAGAGUUGGCGAAACCCUACGGGGUGUUUCGCCAUAUGGUGUUACUAGCCCGCUGUGGAGUUGAGCCACUCCCUUUUCGACUGUCCAUCGGAGAAUCGGAGCUUUGCGGCGCUGCUCUUCCGAGAAGAACCUUCGGGUCGUUCAACCCUGCAAGUUUCUUCGCGAUACCCUUCAACCCGUGAAUAUGACCAAGCGUACCAAGAAGGCCGGAAUCGUCGGCAAAUACGGUACUAGGUAUGGUGCGAGUUUGAGGAAGCAGAUAAAGAAGAUGGAGGUCAGUCAGCACUCCAAGUAUUUCUGCGAGUUUUGCGGCAAGUUUGCUGUGAAGAGAAAGGCUGUCGGUAUCUGGAACUGUAAGGAUUGUGGAAAGGUGAAGGCUGGAGGAGCUUACACUUUGAAUACGGCCUCUGCUGUCACGGUACGCAGUACUAUCAGGAGGCUGAGGGAGCAAACCGAGAACUAAGUGAAUAUUGGGCAGGAUUUAUCCCCUAUAAUGUCAAAUACAUUCCCUUCAGCCGUGUAGAACGGAAAGUAUUGUUUAAUCAAUAUGUUGACCCGUAAAUUCUCACUAGAAGCUCCUUUCUAGCAAGCAGACGAGGUGGGAUGUAAUUGAUGGAAGCCACCGGACCAAGAAGUUGGCUUUGUCCGUGGGCUAUAGCAUUAUAAAGCUUGAGAGGCCGAUGUCGUACAUCAUUAGCCCGACGGCAUUAGACAACUUCUUUGGUUGAACCUAUUGCCACUCAGGAGUAAAUUUCUCCUUUGUACUUGUUGAGAUUGAAGUCGAGUAUUCAGACGAAUGACUGCUGUAUACGUAAGCAAUAUGUCCUUUUAACUCAACUGAUAGA